UCAGUGAAAGGCGGAUAUCGAAAUUUUUGUUGGAAACGGAGCUGCUGGUCGCUUUUUUCUGAACCAUAAUCCUAUGCUGCAUUGCAGUCCAAGAUUACUAUUAGAUCGCCUACAAACUGCUACUUGCUGUGAUCAGGUCAUCUUCCCGACUCUAGCUCCCAGUAAGUGUCCAGUACACGCUAUGUUGAGACAAGAAGCCUGUUUUUCCAGCUUUCAACUUGAGUCCUUUUGACCUGAACCAUGAGCGAGCAGUCGUCGGGGUUGCAAGUGCGGAAGAAAUCUGGCCUCAAACCGCCGAGAAUCGAGCACUUCUGUGUCGUGGUUCGCGAUACUACCCACUGUGAAGAUGAAGAAUUACAGCUCAAAGACGGAACUCAUGUUCUCGUGCUCCCGGGAGAGGCGAAGAAAUCCCCCACUUUCAAACGGCUAAGGACAAGACUUGAAGGCGACGGACGUGGAGAUUGGGUCAAAGUGGAAUAUUUCGACGACGAUGGACAGCAAGUCCAUCGCUAUGUUGACACUCGUGAUCUUCGUCCGGAGACACCCAUCAAGGUGAAGGAAACUGCCAAUUAUAAGAGCAAAUAUUUUCAGCUGUCCGAAGGCGAGCGAGUUCGAGUCCUUGGAAAGGCCACACAGGCCAGUUCGUUCAUGCGGAAAGCAAUUGAAUGUCAAAUUCCAGUUCCGCAGUGGGAACACUGGGUCAAGGUGCAGCGUAUCGACGGCGGAGGUAAACUUUAUAGUCAAAUUCGCUACGUCGAUGGAAGGAAUCUCUCAGAGUCGCAAGUAGUGGUCGCUUCUUCACGUGCAGGUGUGGCCUAUACACGUGUCUCUUCGACAUCAACAUCGCCGAGUGAUGACAAUUCUGAGGGCGGGAGUGCUCCAGUGUCAACUAACCCUGCGUCUGCGCAAGCGUCUCGGCAGAAUGUAGCAUCUACAUGUACUGCAACUGUCAGCCAGAUGGGACAUCAGGAAGUACCACCCAAUUGUGGUGAUCUGGUUGGUUCUUCUGAACCAAAAGCUGCCCGUGGAAAACCUGUAGCUCCGGGCACAGUCAGUGGCAGUCUUUCCAAUGGUGGUCAGUCCAAUGGUACUUCGAUUGGUUCAUCUGGAGCAGUAUCGGGCAAGAGUGUGGCCGAUACACGUGUCUCUUCAACAUCGCCGAGUGAUGACAAUUCUGGGGGCCGGGGUGCUCCAGUGUCAACUAACCCUGCGUCUGCGCAAGCGUCUCGGCAGAAUGUAGCAUCUACAUGUACUGCAACUGUCAACCAGAUGGGACAUCAGGAAGUACCACCCAAGUGUGGUGAUCCGGUUGGUUCUUCUGAACCAAAAGCUGCCCAUGGAAAACCUGUAGCUCCGGGCACAGUCAGUGGCAGUCUUUCCAAUGGUGGUCAGUCCAAUGGUACUUCGAUUGGUUCAUCUGGAGCAGUAUCGGGCAAGAGUGUGGCCGAUACACGUGUCUCUUCAACAUCGCCGAGUGAUGACAAUUCUGGGGGCCGGGGUGCUCCAGUGUCAACUAACCCUGCGUCUGCGCAAGCGUCUCGGCAGAAUGUAGCAUCUACAUGUACUGCAACUGUCAACCAGAUGGGACAUCAGGAAGUACCACCCAAGUGUGGUGAUCCGGUUGGUUCUUCUGAACCAAAAGCUGCCCAUGGAAAACCUGUAGCUCCGGGCACAGUCAGUGGCAGUCUUUCCAAUGGUGGUCAGUCCAAUGGUACUUCGAUUGGUUCAUCUGGAGCAGUAUCGGGCAAGACAACUCUCAAGCAGCUCUCUGCCACGGAAGCCUUGCUGAGAUUGCCACACCCUCCAGACUUCAUUAUAAAGGAAACAUCUGAAUGGACGAUCACAGCUGGGCCAAUUAGUCCGGGCGAGACAGCACCGUCGAGGCUGGUUGUUGAUGCCAGGGUUUCAGCCAUUGAGGAGCAUUAUAUCUUGACUGGGCUUGAGCAAGGCACCACAUACCUCGUUUCAUUGCAGCGGCAAGGAACUGACCGUGUGCCAAUGCAGCUAAUAUUUUCUCAACAUGGCAAGCUUGAAAUUUCACAGCCUUCCCGUCGAUCAAUAAAAAUCAAGUGUCCUGCUGUGGAUAAGAAAAGGUUCAGUUCUUACAAUAUCUCUGCGUUUGAAAUCGAUGAUUCCAAAACCAUUCGGGCAAGUGUGGAAGUGAAUGAGUGUUCUUUUAGUACAGACCACUCAUCAACUACCUGUGAAAACCUUCAAUGUGGAAAGUCGUACCGAGUUGUUGUACAAGCUUGCGGAAAUGAUACUGAAGCCGCUGAAUUCCACGAGGACUUUGUUAAAGCGGGUGACUUCAGUGUCAGAUACGAAACAGCUGGCUCAGCAGUUAUCGUGUUGCAUCCUGGACAGUAUCCAGCCCAGUAUCAAACUGUUCAUUGGAAGGUAGCUGGUACUACAACCCCAGGGCCUGGAAAGGUUAUUGACAUCUCUAAGGACAGCGUCAAAAUUGAAGGCCUCAAGGCAGACAAGGAAUACAUUGUUGAACUUAAAGGCGAGGGUACUUCCGAUCUAUUGGCACGCUACACCCAUCUGAUGGUAGAAGAAAGGAUUCGCUAUAUCUCCUCCAGACAGACCUCUUCCACUACAUGUGAAAUCAUACUUAAUGAUAAAAUGGUGCGCUCACCAGGAAUAAGCAAAUGGAUAGUUGAAUUGAAAAAAGCUGAUUCCAAUUUCCAGCCUAUCGAAAACUCAUGCAGGGAGAUUGAGUGGCCCAAAGGAGAAACACGGCUCAACAUUGAUGGACUACAGCCAAAUGUCUACUUUCUGUCAGUAAAAGCAGCUGGACGAGAUGACCUGGAGAUUGCGGCCAUCUUCAAUCAACUUGGGAACUGCUCUGCCAGAACAGUAGCCGGUGAUGUUAUGAUUUCGCUGCCACAAUGCAACCUUGAUCUGGUAGAGUACUUCGACCUGACGGCGUAUGAAGAGCAAACAUUUGCAGGAGGCUCACCAUAUCUGACUAAACGUCUGUCACGGCAAGGAGAACACAACAUCCCAAAGCAGCGAUUACCCAAUGGAAACUGUGUUUUUCGGUUGGUGCCAAGGAUGAAAGAAACAGAUACCGAAAUUCUCUGCACAGAUAUGGAAAUUCAGUACAAUCCACGUGAAAGAAGCCUGCCAAGCCGGAAAAUCACUAAACCUGUUUCAUUUCGGGUUAAUGAAAAUCUGUACCAAGGUACAGGCCACAUGUUUGCUUACCGAGCAGACAUAAUAACAAUCACACCGCAUUCACCGCAUUUGAAAUCCACUGACUAUCGGAUUUGCAACGACAGUACUGGUGAGGAAAUGACUGCGUCUGCUGCCAGAGUCAACAAGCUGAUGACAAGAAGACAGGAGAACAUUGUCCACGAAGGCUAUUUCCGAUCAGAUUAUAAAUCCCAUGAACCUAAACAUGGAUCAGAUAGGCCUGUACCUCACUUUGCACGCGAAGCUAAGAAGAAUUGGAGCUUCGGAUUCUACUGUUGGAAAGAGUUAUCAAGCCAACUGACAUGGUACAUGGAUGAUGUCAGCAAGAACAAGGCUCCAAUGAAGUUGACCAAAAUGACAGAAAUCACUUCCAAGAUGCACAGUUUCAACGAUGAAUUGUUCUGUCACAUUGUCACACAAUUCUUGAGCCAGCAGGGUGGUUCACCAAUUGGAACAAUGUUAUCACUGGCAUUUAUUGAUGGUGUCCUGGCAAGAAUACAACAUCCCACUGGAGCCGAGUGGUUGAACCUCCUGGCAAAGUUUAAUUUUGUUGUUUACAAGCAAAUGACACAAGCACAUUUUCUGGAGGACAUGUUGGGAAAUAUAUCAACGCCAACAGAAUUCGCAUCUGAGCUUAUCCAAUGGCAACAUGCAACUUCAAGAAGACUCUGUGAUAAUGUUAUCCGACAUUUGGCCACUAAAUGUGAUCUUAGAAGCUCACAUUUGCUUCUGUGGGUCAUUGCAAUUGACUGGUGGCUUGAUCUUCAACAAAGUACACCUGAUCUGCAUGGCUGGGAGAAAUAUUUUCGACUUUUCCACUUGACUGACCCGAACACGGACAUUUCCUGUUUCCUGGAUGCACUGGAUUACUGUAUGCGUACAUCAUUUCCAGAGCAAAUCACCUCAGCGCUAAAGCCAUCCAUCCUUCUCUCACUUUUGGAGAAACUGUGUCCAAGAUCUGGAAAGGGCUUGAAUGAGAAGACCAUGGAAAUUACGUGGAGACUGUUUCUCUCGUUCUUUUCUGGCGAGGACUGCACUUGGAUGACUCCGUUACUUUACUUCUUCAUUGAACGAAGUAGCCAGGAUCUGUCCGUACUUGCUUUGAUUCUGAGAUUAGCUCCAAAGCUCAUCACAACUACAAUGGCCAAACAGAUAUUGGACAAAAUGGUUCACAGCACAUUCUUGAAUGCUGCUCGUGGCGUGGAUGCUGAAUUGCGCAAGUUCACCUCAAGUCAUGGUCCGCCCAAGUCCAGUCAGGAAAGUCAGUUGAGAGCCAUGGCACUGAUUGGUGAUGCUUUUGUCGACAUGUGUAUCACGCGACACUUGCAUCCACCUCUCGAUGAGUUGUCUACGGCGAUUCGAGAAUUUCCACAGUACAGCUGUGCUUAUCCUGCAGUUACCUCCGUGUUGAAAUCGAAAUUGUGCCUUGAACCAACCAACAACUCAGCGGAUUCUGUUGCACACUUACUUGACAACUACACAGCUAGCCAUCAUUUCAAUCACAAAAACAAUCUGGACAAUGUCUUUGAGAACAUUCCAGCCAUUUUGAUGAUUUGGGGUCAAUGUUGUGACUGGAAAUGUAAACCAUUGGCCAAAUCUAUCUCAACGUGCUCAGUUAUGUGGAUGAAGCUUGAUGACACACUUCAAUCUGCUCCAACUGGUUGUUCAUUUACAUUACCUGAGUAUAACUUGCAGGGAGUGGACAAGCUGAGCAGCGAAAUCAUCAGAUGUAUGCAACAGAUGUCUGAAAGCGGGAAGGACAUCAGUCUGAACUCCGGUGCCGGCAUUUUCUGGAGAGCCUAUUGCCAACGCAUUCAAACCCAGACAAUCAAGAUGCUUCAAGGUACUGGGAGCAGCAGGAUCAGCAAUGCAGAAACUUUAUGUUCAAGCAUAAGCAGCCCCGAUAGAAAUUCCAAACCAGUUAUUGAAUCCAUGGUGUUUGAAGCAAUCCUCAGCGCAUUCCAGAACGAAAAUGUGCUUACUCCGUUUCACCUUCAUCCCACUCUUUCUGGCAUGAUUCUUGCUGGCCACACUGCACUGAGAUUGAAAGAGGAUUGCACCUGGUUUCAUGGGCUCGUUCCUGUAAUUUCGUCAACGCUUGAAACAAUCUCAGGCCUCAACCGAUCUAUCCAACGCUUGGAGUUCACAAAGGAUGGGCAUACAGUGUACGAAAGAGCCUGGAGCAACUUACAGUAUCUUUUUGAAAAACUGGGCCUUGAUACAGUUGGCGACCUACGUGGCUUUGACGAUGUCACGGAAUAUCUUCAGACAACUAGACCUGUUCUGGCCUGGCUUCACAACCACAGUGUGCCACCCUCUGGUUCACUUCUUUCUGAAGUCGACAAGGUACUUGGAAGCCCCAAACCUACUCUAAGAGAGCUGGAAGGUCUUAGACUAGCAAUAACGCAUAAGAUCACUGAACACCUUGAUGUGGAAAUCUCAUCCGACUGUCCAGUCACAGUGUUCAAAUUCAUUCUGCACUUCUCAUCCAGCUCUUUGUUCCAGAAGCAGACCGACAGAAGGGUUCACGGACCUUUUCCUGUUGGGAUGGAAUGGCCUCGUGUAAUACGCACAGAGAUACAGAAGGCUCACCGUUUCUUUCAGAGUAUCCUGCGAGGAACUAUUCCGUAUGGAGAAUUCCAACCGUUUUCAAGUAUGUUGACCUCCACUUCAACAGAACUUGGUAUUCUUACCAACUUUCAGUCCUACCAGCAGCACAUGUCAGACAUUGACAUUGAGCAGACCCUUGAUAUACUCAACUGGAUAUCUUCAGAGAAAGAAGCCGACAUUGUUCAUGCCAUCAAUUCUAUUCAGGAUGAUACUGAUGGCAGAGUGAUUCAUGAAGGAGACAGCGACUUUGACUACCUUCAGAACAUCCGAUACAACAUUAACGAAGACUCGAGCAUCAAAGACCUGGCAAGCACUCACAAGGAUCUAGUUGAGCUGCUAUCCCAGCUUGACAAAUGUCACUUUGAUUUAUUCAAAGAGAUCAGCCAGGGAAAUUGUAGCAAGAUCAUUGACUACUUCCGCCACGAGGAUUUCUUCUCACCGUUGGGACAGCGUGACUUUUUGGAGAAAUACGAGAUAUUGAACAGACAGAUAGAUGCUCCUGCUGACACUGGAAUCAUACAAGCCACAUUGGAUGCCCACCGUGCCCUUUCUCCAAUGCUAACACCGUGGCAUGACAAAGAGAUGAAGGGUACUUCAUUAAAGAAAGUUUUGGAGGAAAUGUCAACAUCUCAGGUGAAUGCUGGUCACCUCAUUAACUACAAUGCAGACUUUGAGCGGGUCGCUACUCUAUUCGGCACAGCAACAGAAGGCAUGAUGGAGUCUUUUGAAAAAAAGGUUCAGAAGCUCAAUGCUGGAGCAGAGCUUUUCGUUUAUCUUCAGAGAGACGCUACUAAGUGCUUAACCUAUGAAAUAGUGGAGCAAGUAGAUGGUAUUGGUCACGAUGGAAAACUUGGAUUACAAGCACAUAUCAGCAACACUACUCUUCAUGAGUUUCAAGUAAAUCUCCGGUACCUGAGUUGUGAUGACGUGUGUCAAGGUAAACACAGCAACGUUCGACCCAUUGCUGAGACUUCCAGAAGGUUCUCAAGGAAGCUCGACUAUGCCUUGGAGCUUGUCCAGUGCUUCCGUGAACUCAAUUCACUGGGUCAUCCACUUUUUCAACAAAGUAAAUGGAACUAUCAACUAGAGGAAGAUCGACUUUGCACGGAGGUCCAAGUGCUUCGCCAGAUCAAAGCAGAAUGGGAAAGUGUGCUACAAACAUGCCGCCAAUCUUGCAAAGUUCUGGCAUUCUUGAGCAAUAUGGAAAUAUUCGACAUGGUUAAUUGCCUUCUGCCUGAGCAACUUCGUGCACAUGGAAAAUCGAUCACUGGCCUGCGUGGAAAGCGGCAAGAAUUACCGCGACAUCGAACCUUCGCAGAUUUGAGUUUCAAGAACCAAUUGAGGCUUCUGGAGAAUUUUAUCUCUGUCGAUGGAAUUGCAAAUAUCGAGGACCAGAUAUCAACUUCCAAGUGCAGCAUUGCAAAUUUCACUGAUGCGGUUGAACUACUGACGCAUACUCUCCAAAAGGCGUUAACACGUCCAGUGAACUGUCCUGGCCACACUCAUGGCAAGCAAAUUGUCUGCUGCGCUCCGGAUGGUUGCAAUUUGACACAAGCAAUCUGUGUGGCAGCUGCCAUUUCCUUGACUGUCUACAAGAGUGUUCCUAGCAGCUCUCAGCUCCUAAUGUGCUAUAGGCAUACAGCUGUGGAGGAAGUAAUCAUCUUCUUUGACCGAAUAUAUGCCUUCAACCUGAAUUACAUCCUGGUGGGUGUUGAUCUUCUCAGCUAUGAUUGCCGGCUGAAGUUACUGCAGCUACAGAAAAAGCUCCGCGCUAUGCACUCGGACUACUCCAACUCUUCAACCGUCCAUUACAUCUGCGUACAAGAACGCUCUUGCAAGUGCUGGCCAAACGAGCAUGUAUCGAUUUAUCCCAACAUUAACUUAACAUUUGAUGUGAACACCUUGAAACGUGCCUUGAACCGGUUGAGAGUGGAAGGAGGCAGAAUGUUUCCGGUGUGCAAGGCAGUCCUCGGAGCAUCUGGAUGUGGAAAAUCACACUUCAUUAAGGAGAAAAUCGGUGAGGACCAUGUGAUAUGUAUAGCAAGUGAGUCCGAGUCUGGAGAGUUGACAGCGAAGCUUUCUUCACUUACUACUCACUCCAAGGUCCACUUCAGCAUCUCACACCAAGCCAACAAACAUGACGUCAACCAAAUCUUCUUUGAGCUAUUGCUCUGUCAGAGUUUGAGAGUUACACUGCAAAGCAGAUCAUUCCUGUUACCUGCAGAUUUGCAAUGGGAGUUCUACAUUGAGCUUCCAAGCGAGGAUACAUUUACAAGUGAAGAAGUCCUUCAGAAAAAUGCUCACGAAGAGUUCCCCAUCGUUUGCAUCGCAAGUGAUGAAUGUUUUGUUGAUUCAAAAAUUCAUCAAUUUCAGAUCAAUGGGCAAUCGCCUGCUUCUGCUGUGAUAAGCUCUUCAGAUUUGGAAAGGAUAGCAUCUGUAGUUCUCCACUAUACCCACCAUUGCCAAAAGGAAGUGGACAGCGUCAUGUCAAAGAUCGACCCAAGUCAAGAUUGUUCUCUUGAGCUGCAAUACAAGGACAAGUUUCAAAACUUACUGGCCUUAUUGCUCAGCAAAACCAACCAUGAUCAAGACAAGUGGUCACGAAUCCAAGAAGUGGCAUUCAUGAGAUAUCUUCGGGAUAGGAUUCAGUUGUUUGACAAUGAAGUGUUCAAGGCGGCGCAAGCAUCCAGCAUGGCCAACUGCUUUUUACUGCUGUUUGAGCAGUUUAUCACAGAGGCAAACUACCUUUGCACACGAGAGUUUGUUUGCUCAUGGCAGCAAUGUUCAAUACCUCUCCUGUUCAGGGAUCCAACAUGCAUUAGCUUCUUUGCUGCAAAACCACCAAAUGCUCGGCAUCUACCGCACCCGUUGGAAGGCUUGGUGCUGAAGUUUUUUGAUGGUCAUCGAAAUGAACCCAAUCGCAGCUGGUUGUUGAAGCUCUUUAGGAAGGGGUCGAAUGCAGUCCCAGUGGAGCCCACGCUACUAUCCUGGCGAGCUUUAUGCGAAUCUCCUGAUGCUUGGGCAAAACAUCUCGGCUAUUCAUCAGGAGAUGAUCUGAAAAAAGCUGUUGAUGUCGAAAGAUCUGAACUAUCAUGUCUAGAAUGCCUGGAGUGGAAUUUCGGAUUGCCGCCUACUAAGGAGGGCAUUCGUGUGAUACAACGCCGGCUGGAACAAGAGAACUUUGUUCUUACUUGGGAUUAUACCUACAAACUUCUUCUAGUUGAUGAGAGACAACGAGCAAAAUUGCCUUUGAUAAUGGUUGGUGAAACUGGUGUUGGUAAAACAUUUCUCCUCCAAAUGUACACAAAACUCUCAAUGUGCAGAAGUCUCUACAGUCCAGAAUACGCAAACUCAUCUUCUAAGAAGAGAGCAAGCCGUUGGAUACAGGAAUGGAUCACCCGGCUUGAUGAGCACCUCACUGCUGAUUUUAAGCUUUGGUUUCGAAGCUCAUUUCCUAAUGUUGGCCAUUUAGAUCAGCGGGAUGUCGUGCCAAAAGCUACGUUGCUUGCCAAUGACGAUGCUACCGAGGAUGACCUUGAGAUGGUUUUGGAACGCCUAGUAAUUGACAUCUCCUCGCAGUCGUGCUGGAACACAGUUGGCAGCCAAUUCAUUAAGGAUUUCAAACACUACCUUCAGUCUUGUCAGGAAAAGACGCCCCUGGAGCCAAUGGACGAGGAGUUCAACACCUUGAUGACAAUUACUGCUCCAACAGCCAGCCAAUUCAAACACAUGCUACGGAAGGUACUCGAUGCUGACUAUGAAUCUUUGUUCUUGAACAAGCUUCUGGACCCUGGAACCAGUCGGCAAGACAUCCUACAAUUCAUUGGCCAAGCAUGCGCUCUUGCAAAGCGCUGCUCUCAAUGUACGGUUGUUGUAUUAUUUGAUGAGGUCAACACGUCUGAGCAUCUAGGUAUGUUGAAGGAAGUCAUUGUAGAUCACAUGUUGGAUGGUGAACGCCUGGAAGACAAUAUUUUCUUCACGUGUGCUAUCAAUCCACCACCAACACAGUAUCCCAUUCAAUCUACAGGUCUGGAUGAUGAAGUACACAGGGUGGAGUACAAUGUUAAACCAUUGCCAAAAGUCCUGGACGAAAUGAAGUGGAUCUACAAAGGACUUUCUGAUGGUGCACAGCUUGAGGAGUUCAUUCAUGGAAGAAUAAAACUUCAACGGACUCUGAUCACGUCAUCCCGAGCCAAUAUCCCAACAACAGUGCUGCGCGAGUUUACACUGAUCAUGACGAGAGCACACACGUACUGUCGACAGUUUGUCGGUAUCAAUUCUGUCAGUCAGAGAGAUGUACAGCGGGUGUUUAUUCUCAUCCCAUUCUUUUGGAUUGUAAAUAGCAACGCUAUCCAGAGUGCAGAGCGCGCUGGCAGGUUUGUGGAGUCCGGCACCAACGAGGAUCUCAGGAAGUGUGUAUUUCUGUCCAUCGCUGUUGUGUACUACUUCAGGCUUGUGCUAGCUAAUAAAUCUGCAAGAGCCAGCCGCGAGGACUUUGCUCACUACAUCCAUCUCUCUGACCCCGCCAUGUUUCACCAAGGUGACUACGAAGGAUGUCCUAAAUGUGGACCUAUCAGCAGCAGCACUGACACCUUAACAUCAUUUCAGUGGAUCAUCAACAGUUUCAUGGAUGCCAUUAUCACCCGCGAAUAUUUCAGAAUGGACGAAAAAGUAGCUCUAACUGAUGCACUGAAGGAGAAUAUCUUGUGCACUGUUGCAUGUGUGCAGACUGGAAUUCCUCUUGGAAUCAUUGGCCAGCCAGGCACAUCAAAGACCCUCAGCUGGAUGAUUGUCAAGGAAAACCUCCGUGGAGUCUAUUCCCCAAAGCUGUUCUGCCGUCAAUUCAGUGCUAUUGACCCAUUUCUCUACCAAGGCUCAGCUCAGUCAAAGGCAGAAGAAAUCAGCCAGUGUUUUGAAAACGCAAUUGCUCGCCAGAAACGACAUGAUGCUGUUGGUGCCCAUGACCUUCAGAAAAGUGUUAUUGAGCUCAACAUUGCUACUGGAGUUAAGAUGUUCAACCAGACAACCCGAUGCGUUGUAAUCCUUGAUGAAGCAGGACUGCCGAGUGAUGGUGACAUGGCUUUGAAAGUGUUGCACCGGUACUUGGACGAGAUGAAAGUAUCAUUUGUUGCGUUGUCGAAUCGCCGAUUUGAUCCUGCAAAUGCCAAUCGGAUGGCCACGGUCUACCGUUCUCCAGCUACGUUAUGUGACCUGUUUACCCUUGCUCUUGGUUGUCUAAUGAAAGGAGACGACCAGCGACUUGGAAGAGAAGCCACAAGAAGCGAGAUGCUGAAUGAGUCAGGCAGAAGCAAGCAGCAUAGCACAACACUUGCUGAGCGACAGUACCUUCUGGCAAUAUGUGAAGGGUAUCAGGAGUUAACUUCCAAAACUAUUGAAGGUGUAAAAAUGUCAACAUUGUUUCACCACAGAGACUUCAUAUUCAUGCUUCGAAGCUUGCUGCGUUAUCAAUCAAGAUCUGAUCUGCCAAUCAAAAUUGACGUCACUCACUUUAUUCAGGUACUGGAAGAGAACUUUGGAGGCUGUGAAGCAAAAAUAUUUGAAGAAAUUGUCAACACCUUUUUAAGGUUCAUGGCUGAUGUUGGUUUCCCAGAAUCACUCCAAGGUCUUAAUGCUCCAAAGCCAAGAGGACCUAUCCAAACCCUUCUGUCCAUUCAAGAUCAUUUGGCAACUGUCAAGGAUUCCACUUCUGUGUACUCAACUGGUCAUGACCUUGCCUCUCGGUUCAGAAUGAUAAUCGAUCCCACUGACAACUUCUCUUCUGUGGAUGUAAUGUUUCAACUAAACAUUCUCUCACCCGAGGACUGUGAAGUUAUUCAUAUGAGCACAUUCCAAGGUGAUCAAGAUGAGCUCUAUGCUGCAGAGGUUGUUGCUCGAAUCCGACGUUCACUGGACCGGGCCAAAACAGUCGUUCUUGUGGGUGCAGACCGGGUGUAUGGCAGCCUGUAUGAGCUACUGAAUCUCAGCUUCAAGCCAAUACAGGACAAACAUUAUGUGAACUUGGUACUUGGUCAAAAUGCCUAUGCUUGCCCAGUCAAUCCCCAGUUCCAGUGUAUUGCUGUGUUGAAGGAAUCUGACCUCGCACAUACUGCAACACCACUUCUGAGCCGAUUUGCAAAGUUUCGUAUAUCUCCAGAAGAGGCUCUUUGUGAGUUAUCGACGUGGUUAUCCCCCGAGGACAAGUGCCUUUGGUCUCACGUUGAAGCCAAAUGCAAGGAAUUUGUUACCAUCAUGGCGAGACACAAUUUUCUUGGCUUGGAUAAGAUCAACGGCUUGUCUUCCAUGUUGCUGAGCUGCUUCGAUUCCUCGUGUUCGAAUAGUCGACGUCACUGUAAACUGAAAUUCUGCACUAUUCUUAUGCAGCAAUUGGAUAGUAUUGUCCCUGGCCACCCCCUGGUGCAGCGAUCAGUUCGAGCAAUUUGCUCUCGUCUUCUCCAGCUAAUGCCACCUGAGCACUUUAUCUUGCUGUUCAAAAGAAUCAGAGAACAUGGCCUGUACUAUAACAUCUACUUUGACACUUUGAGGCACUUUGAGUUCCGUGGAACAGUUACUGAAGUUGCCCGAGGUGUACCAGCUACCACAGACGGACACCAGUUGUUGAUACGCUGCAAUAAAUUUGCGGCGUUCUUGAAGUAUUCUUCAGCUAUCACCCAGCUUACUGAAGGGAACAAUGCUUUCAAGGAAGCGACAGGAUCCAUUGCUGUGGCAGAUUCUAAUGCCUUCAGGAAGGAAGUUGAUGCAAACAAAUUCUUUGGUGAAUUUGCUGCUAGUGAUCAGAUGACCUGUGCGUUAAUUUUGGUUGAUGUUUCGCAAGCAUCAGGCGGAUUUCGACUUGUAAGUUACCUGAAAUGGUUGAUGGAUUGGUGGGAUAUGGAAAUUCGCCGCAAAGGCAGACGCAAGUGUUUCUUCAUGGUACUCUACAGUCAGCUCUUUUUGGAGUCUAGGGUGUGCCGCAUACCAACAUUCUUCCUCAAUGACUGGGAAACAAUGUAUUUUGAUCUCCCAGAUGCUGGCGACAUGCUUUUGGUAAACCUCAGAGCUCUCUCAAAAGUCUACGAUGGACAAGGCGCUGGUGGCAACAAGGUUCAUGUCGAAGAUGUUGGAAUGCAAAGGAUGUUGCAAGAUGGAGUUUUUAGACAGAAAGAAACAUUGGUGGAGCGGUUCUGUCACCAGAUAUCAAAUGGCCCCGGUUCAGGAAUAGUUCAGAAUUCAGCGUCCAACAUGGCACAUCAGAAUCGGAAUGAUAUACCAUCAGAUUUUUCUCCUUUGUAUAGUCCCGACGCCUUGCCCAAGCAGCUACAUGUCGCUGUUUCCUGUAUACUUGAUACGUAUCCAGAGGUACUGCAGCACGCUGGGCUGCUUCUUGCUGAGUACUUUGGCCAGGAUAGAACACUAACAUUGAUGGAAGACCUUGCUACCCGUGUAGCUGAUUGGGACACCUUCGUCUCCUUUUCUCACUUGGUGGAGCUGCACAUGAACCCAAAGCUGGAUGCUAUCAUGAGGCAUCUCCUGCAGUACUUGUGUAAGAACGGAACAAUUGUCCGAAUUGUCAACCUUGGCUUCUCUGGUGAACUGAUGGCCAAACUGCUUCAUCUCAUUCCAAAGAUGAGUGAGCAGGAUGAGGAACAAUAUAGGACCAAGAAGAACCUCAACAUGAGUGUGUAUGCACCAGCUAGACUGCCAUUUUAUGGCCUCGUUAAAAGGCGCAUUGAACAACAGAUUCAGAAGCUCAAGAUUGUAGAUCCCACAGCUUAUUUCGAACUCCACAAGAAGCUAUCAUCUGACCCGGUCACCAAAGGGCUCCUGGACUUUGAAAACUUCAUCGACUUGUACUUGCAACAGCUGGUGGGAGAGAAAUGCAACUGGUCCGGAGAUUAUGAUCCCCAGGAGGUGCUUGAAGCAGUCAAGUACUUACGGUUGAAAAGACAAUCUGUUCUAUCUCAAGUGCCUUGCCAGUCUGAGUGUGGCAUUGUGCCUUUUGCACAUAUGUAUUUGGAGUGCGCUGACUCAAGGCUUGAAAUCAUGUUGCUUCUUUAUGGCAAACGUGCAAUGAUGCAACUGGCACCAUGGUGUGGAAACUCCAGUGUCACUACGCUUUCCACUCAUGAAGAGGCGAAACUCUCAGGCAAGGAGUACCUUGAGACGUUUGCACUAAGAUUGUUCGAGCACUUGUGGGACUCAUUGCUUCGAAUUGAAACAAUUCAGGAUCCGUCAGUUUCAAUGAGUGAGAUUCAAAAAUGGCGUCAGAGCUUCCGUUAUGUACAACUCUUUUGGAGUCCAAGGCGAGAACAACAGGGAAAGGCGCACCAGGAAGAUAGGUCUCAGUACAUCAUACAUGAUAUUUGCAAGCAGAACUCCUGCAAACUCAACUUGAUGGAUGAAGUGUAUGUGAUUUUGCACAACAGACAGAUCUCUUGCAAUCCAAAUGUCAUCAGAGGUGUUCUUGAAACUGCUCUGCGGCUGUUUCAUGGUGAUCAAUUUGAUAUCCUUAAGAGCACCAAAGAGUUCAUUCUGGCACUGCAAACUUCAAGCAAAUGCUCACUCCAGGCCAUCCAAUCUACAUUUCUUCAACUGUUGAUACUGAUGUUGAAUUCACUGCAUCCAUCAAUUUCCAAGAAUGACGAGAAACUCAGAUUCCUGUUUCAAGUAAUCAACAACACUGGUCCUCAGCAUCCAUCGUCACUGCCUAAGCUUUCACUGUUGGAAUCCGUGAAUCUAUUUGGCCUUGCAAUGUCUCACAUGGAGCAAGGCAAUGGUUUCAAGACAUCUCUUGGAGAGUGUGUCCACCGCCUGCUUGUGAAACAUCAUGGCUGCAAACAGGUCAGGGCAUAUUGCAAAUCAGCUGACAACCCACUUGAUACACUCUAUCUGCCACGGGACUUUCCAAAGUCAGCACGAUGUGAUCUCGACCUGCUUCCGGAGGCAAUCUGUGAAUUCUUCGAUCAACCCAUGGUCCAUGCCUACUACAACUUUGUAUACAGGUCAGACAAGUCAAUGAGGUUACCUAUUCAAGAGUAUGUCAAUCGUGCGUCACAGCUGAAUGAACGCCAACGACAGUCACCUCUUGUUAUUCUGCUUGUAAUCAACCUCGCCAUAAGGUUACGGAUAGCAUUCGAGCGUGUGGCCGAGAGUAUUGAGGAAAGUGCAAACCCAGAAGACAUAGCGCGUGUCAUUGAUGACCUAUCAUCCCAAUAUUGUGAUGGCGGAAAUACAUUCUGGCAGAAGUUUCUCGUGUCCAAGAUGUGCGGCAAUGUGCAGACAAUGGCUGUGGUGAGCAAAGUCAAUAUAGCCCUCCGCACAUAUUGCAUCAAGGAACUUGGUGAAGAAGCUGUGGAAGUGGAACUUAAAUUCACCUGCCCAGUACUGCCACCCGGAAAUGAAUAUCUAGCUGAACUACACCGGUCAUACCAAAACUUCAGUGGCCUCUUUGACAGGAGUAUUACUGCCAAAGACGGGUUGCAAGAAAUUGCCCAGUGGUACCGUAGUCAGACAUCUGAAGGUGCACCACCACUGGUAGCUGGCCUGCUUCCCAAGAACUGUGCUGAUAUGUUUGUAUUCCUGAAAGUGUACAAAUCCUGCUAUGAAGCUGGUCACAUGGAUGCACUGCGUGAAGUGCGUGAAACACUGACAGGCAGUGAUCGUCUGACUCGCAGUCUCAAGUUUCUUCAAGAAGGUCCUCAUGUGGCAACAGACUCCAUCAAACACAUGUUUCCAGAAAGCAGGUAUUCUGAGACUUCUACUGCUGGCGAUGAAUUGCGUCACCUGAUGAUGAAUACUCUUGCGAUUUUUCUUGGCAUCGGCAAUGAAACAUUUCACUAUGCCAACUACCUCUUUGAUCCAGCCACACUGGAAGGAACUUAUCUGUUUGGUACUCAUCGAGGCCAGAAGGAAAAGCUGUGUCCAUACAACGUGGACUGUUGUCUUGUUUUUGACAAUGAAGGCAAGCCAGAGGUCACUCCAGGUGGAUGCUGCUUCAGCAUUGCGAGCAAUUAUAUCAACACGAUCAUUACAUUCUCGUCCUUUUUGCUUCUGGGACUCCUCUAUCCAGAGAAAGCUGAAGGCAUGUACGAUUUGCUUCUGAGUUCAUACAUCAUAAAUCCAGAACAACAACGUUAUGUCACAUUUAUGGAAAGAGCGUUGGAGUUUUGUGCUUGCAGAGUGAUAUCUCCACUGAAAAGCAUGAAGAUGAAUGUUCAGUAUGAAUUCUCACAUCGGCAGUAUUGCAUUGCAGUGCUGAUGUCACUCGAGCGCAUCCUGGGUCAAUACUUAUCAGCCUCUCCACUUCCCUAUCGUUCAACUUACAAACACAGACGUUAUCGUGCUGCUGCCGAGAAACUUGCCCAUGAUGAGGCUUUCGAGAAGGUGUUGCGUAUUCUUGAUGAUACACGCAGAGCUGCUAGUGCCAGUGAUUCCAUUGUAUCUGAACUUCGCUCAUGGCAUCGCAACCACGGUGAUAUAACAUUGAGGAAUUUGCUUUCUGCAGCUUCCAAAGAUGAUGCAGCAGACAAGAAGUUUCCAGUUUUGAAAGCCAUUUUGAGUAAUACAAAGGCCUGGAAGUUCCUACACCUUGUGAAGGACAUGUUUCAACUUUAUGCAGCGAUUCAUCAGUGUUUGUCCAAUAAGCUUACCCGAACUGAAGUUGAACAGAAGUACAUCACUCUGCACAGUCUCUGCUUUCGCAACUGUGCCAACCUGUCUUACGAAGACUCCGUCAUGCUGAAAGGUGCCUAUGUCGAGGGAGUACGUGCUUUCAACAGGUUCUGUGAUGAAAAUGAUGGGCGAGUAGACAUUGGUGUUUGCCAGAGAGAAAACGAAAUUGUGCCCAUUGUGCCCCGAGGCAUGUCCGAAGAAAACAACUUCCUUGAUGACCGCAAUGAAGGCGAGGAGCACGGUGGCCACACUGCACUGCGCUAUGUCAUUGAUGAUGGAGGUGAUAGCCAUGGGGCCUUGGGAGAUGUACUUAUUUCCAUCCUCAAGAAGCAAGAAGAAUUUGUACAGAAAUGUCAGAAUUGGAAAAUUAAAAGCACAACCGCAGAUACCUACCACCAUGAUCUAAUGACGGGAGAGUUUAGUCAGCCCAUUUCGUUGACCACCAGAGGUGAUGGAUUGAUGAUUUUUGACGAAGAAGAAAUGUUGCAUAUUGCUAGAAUGCACACGUCUUCGUCUGAUGAUGGCGAAAUUGACUUUGAUCUAGAGGCAAUUCAAAGUUGCUUUAUUCAACAGUUUGUGACAAAAGCAAAGUUGUUAGACCUGGAGCAACCAUUCAAGCCAUUCGUCUUCAGCCUGACAGAUGCACCUAUAGUGCAACGUAUUCUUCAGGUUAUGCCUCUAUCAGCUUUUGUUCUGGAUCAUGCUGGCUUUAAAGAACGGUUUAAUGCAGAUCUUUUGGAAAGAGUCUUCCAAGCACUUGACCAACAACGCCACUACAAGGAGUCACUUGAGCUGAUAGAGCACCUCGUCAAUAUUUCCAAUGUUGUCGAAAAUGCUGGAGCCAGGGCUGACUUGAACUGCAACUUGGAGGAUUUCACAAAGAAGCACAUGACUGCAUUCACAGUGCCAGAGAGUUUUGAUAACUUUUGUCAAGCCGUGCCUGUGAAAUUGUGCUACAUUUUUCACCUGUACCAAGUCCUGGAGGAGCGACUGACAAGUGGCAUACCGAUCAUGGGCAUAGAUGCCAAAUUGCAACGGACCCUUGAUAAAGAUACAGAGAAUGAAGUUGAUGCAGCACUCUCCGCCUACCAAGAUGAGUAUUUGAAGAGGGAACCAAUCCAGGACCUUAUUGAAGAAGCUGAUUCAGCUGUCGCAACUCUUCAGCAGUGUUCUAGUAACAUACCCGUAGAUGCUGAGUUUCAUGACCUAUGUAAGUAUCUCUCAACCCUCGAACUUAUCAAUGUCGAAAAUCGGAAGGACAUCCUUGGCCGGCUACCUGGCUCAGUCAAGUGUUGUCAUUUGCAGUCAAUUAUGAUGAAAAUCAUCAAACAUGGGCGUCGUGUUCGUCGUCAACAAUCAUGCUGCAAUUCGGACAAUCAGUCAAUCGACACCUGGUCUGAAUGUUUGACGCUACCAAUCAAUCCACUGCGGCCAGAGCACCACGGUGUACGCUUGAAUGCUGCCGACUGCUGAUGGUGAAUGAAGCUACAGCCAUGGUUACGAGCGUUCAAAAUCUGCUACAUCCGUUAUCUCCUGGCAACAGCUGAAUUGAAGCCACAGCCGCGUUCCACACACUGCACGUGUGUGCUUGUUCAUGCACGCACUUGUAUGCGCACAUGUGUGUGUGUGUGUCACGUGUGUGUGUGUGUGUGUGUGUGUGUGUGUGUGUGUGUGUGUGUGUGUGUGUGCGUGUGCGUGUGUGUGUGUGUGUGAAUACAUGAACUCUGCCUCUUGUUGUGAUACAAAUUCCAUGCUGUUAUGCCACGUACAAUCUUUUUAUUCCGAUGUUUUUUCCACUAGGCCACUGUUUCAUUCACAUGUUUUUUACAUUUCACAUUGCAUCCCGUGCUUCCUGCAAGACUUUGUGUAUUAUUGUUGCCAUGUUCUGCAUGUCAUCUGUAUGAUUAUUGCAAAAUUUGACGAAAGUCCAAUCAAGGUGCAUAGGAUUGUACUUCACUGCCUCGGCAAUCAUUCCAUGCUUCUCCACUUGCCCAUUGGCUGACGCAGCCGCUCUUCAAACAGAUGUUUCCAUUUUUGCCUUAGCAAUGCAGUAUUGAUUGCAGACACAGCGUUCAGUUUUCUUGGACUUGGACCAGCCCUAAAUGUCCAGUGUCCAUUCUACAAUGCCAUGUCGUGCUUUGUCUGACAACAAGUUAGCUGCUCGUUACAAGUGUCACAUGCAGUACAGUUGCUUUUUCUCUUCUUUUCGAGGAUCCAAUGUGCAGGGUAUGUCGCACAGUGCAUUUUCAAGUUGUCACUUCGUUCCAUAGCGCAAUUGCUAACCUUUCCUUGGCUCUGCAUCAUGUAUUUUUUGUUUCCUAGUUCUUUCCUUCGCUGCAAUGGCAAAUAGCCAAAUUAUUCGUUUCAAUUUUUGGAAUCUGCUUACCAGGGUGUACUGCUAGGCAUGCCGCACAACCUUUAUCAUGAUUGUACUUCGAGUACAUGCACGGUACAUGUAUGUUCAUUUCUGUUACUCUUCUCUCGUUUAUUAUUAUGAUCAUGCACAAGCAAAUGAUCGCCAUGUAUUGCCAAGCUCCUCCCUCCCCCAGCACCCUCAAAUGUCUGCUACUGCUAUGUUCAAAUUAUAUCUGUGUUUGUUUCACAUUGCAUAUAACUAUUGCAGUUUCUUGUUUUCGUUUUCAAGUUGCAUCACUGUGCACGCACUGUCAAAUGAGGCAGCUAGCUGUGUGCAUGGCUGCUUGCACGAAACACAUUUUCUUUUUUCAGCGAACCUUUGUUGUUUCCUGGCCUUCUCCAAUGCCAAAACUGUAUGGAUGCAAUGCUCCUUCUAUCCUUUGAUGAAUAAUGUAUAAAAAACAGUUUCGUAUGUCUCAA